AUGUUGCAUUCGUUGACAGAGUGAACUGACCUUUCCAAAGUACGUAUGAAUUUUCAUUUAUUUCAAGGACAGUGUUUUAAGUUUAAUGUUGAAAAUUCUACCCAAUCAUCGUUUGGUAUCAGCUGAAUAUAAACAUGUGUGUGUGUGAGUAUCGUCAUUUGUAAAUCUGUGUAAAUCCAAAUCCGGUACCCAAAAGCAACAACUACUAACAUAAAGGAAAAACUUAUCGCAAGAUGUCGGGGGAUGUUUUACGCGAUGAGUUGUUGUUAUGUUUUUGGUGAAAAUGACUUGUUCGUCGUGGCGUGUGCUUACGAUAAUCCGGCCUAAGUUUAAUUUCAAAGUAUUGUAAAAGUUUUUCUCGUUUAACCAACGAACUUUGGAACACGUAUAUCUCCUUUACUCUCGUUUUUAUGUUUAAAAAACCGAGAGAGAGGCAGUGACAAAAAUAUUUUUUUUUACCACGCUGCCUGUGUAUGUGUUUGUGUGCAAUUUCGCAAUUUAGAAUAACAAUUGAUAUUUAUUAAUUAAUUAAUCAAUCGAUUUAUAUACAAGAGAGAAAAGAAUAGCUGUCAUUUCUCAUUGUAUAGUUAUUCAUCGUGUGUGAUUGGAAUGGGAGCAAAAGCUAGCACUGUUGCACAGUCUGCAGGGGGCAAUGGCCAAUCUUCCACAGGGGCCAAUGAAACGGCAAUGCAAGGUUUUUCAAUUUUACGCUCUCUUCCUGGUGGUGUUGGACUACUCCAGCAUCAACAGGGAAAUCAAUCGCAAACAUCACGAGUAUCUGGUGAUAGCAGACAAAGAGCUCGCUCAUUGAGUUCUGUUCCGGAUUUAUCAUCGGGUGAAUCUAGCACCUUGGCAUCGGCCGUCGGAGUAGGUGUUGGACAAACACUAGGUCUGCCUCAACUUGAUGUUGAUGACAUCGACGAAGAAAGCGGCAGAGUAUACGCUGCUCACAGCUUGCCUUCGCACAUUUGGUCUUUAAAUGGUUUAAAAUGUCCAGUGUGCUCCAAGUUCAUUCUGCCAGAUGACAUUGAAUGUCAUUUGGUUAUGUGCCUGACCAAACCGCGUCUUAGUUACAACGAGGACAUAUUGGCAGAUGAAAAAGGUGAAUGCGUCAUUUGUCUUGAGGAUCUUCAACCUGGAGAUGUCAUAGCCCGCUUGCCUUGUCUUUGCAUAUAUCACAAAAAUUGCAUUGAUAGAUGGUUUCAAGUAAAUCGCAGUUGCCCCGAACAUCCUGGUGACUGAUUUGUACUUGAAAUUGGAAUAACUGUGAAAUCAACUACUGACCCAUAGGAUGCUAGCGUCGGUCCGAAACCGAAAUAAAUGAAAUGGCAGAUUGUAAAAAAGAAACAUGAAAAAAAACUAGUCAAGGUGGCCGCUAGUCCGUGAUGGUGAUUUGUGUAUAUGGUGAUCGUAUGAUUGAGCGAAACUCAAGUGAAUCGAACAUUUAAAGACAAAACUAAAAAAAAUACCCAAAAUUCGACCUUUACUGUAAUAUUAAGCAAAAGAGACAAAAAACAAAAAAAAAGAAAGAAACUAUCGCCAUAAGAUUAACAAAAAAAAAAUACAAUGCUAUUAAAAAAAAAUACACGUAUCUAUAGUUGCACUAUUACUGUUCAAUCGCUUAAACUCAAUUGUACGAUAUUUAUAAAUUUUAAAAACUAGUUUAACGUUUUACACCUCGAUAUUGCGUUAAACUCCGCGAUGAUUAUCAUUAUGAUUAAUGUUUGUCGUUUCUUUCAAAGAGGGGGGAUGAUGAUGAAAUGGAAGAUUAAUGGAAGAACCAGCUAAAGUGAACAUUGAUGGGUUUCUAUCUAUAUAGAUAAGUUUUAGCUUUUUAAAGAAAAAAAAAAACAAAUGAUUUUUAAUACCGUGACAAUGAUUGUUUAUGUUGUUUGCUGGAGCAAAAGUAACUAGAAAGGAUAUUUUUGAUACUUUCAUAAAAAUGGGAAAAGAAAGAGAGUUUAAAAGAGAGUUUUGAGCGAAGGACAAGCGAUAAUGCUGUAGUUAACAAUAAAGGUUCUGAUUUAAACCUUCAUAAUAAUUAUUUUUGUGUUUCUAACAAGUACUGAUUUUUUGAAACACACUAAUUCAAAAAUUUUUAUUUAGAACAUCUUAUUGUUAGUGGAAAGUUAAUGUUUCUGACAAUUUACAUUUUUAUACAUCUUUAUGAGAAAAAAAAACAAAAAAAAUGUCGAAGUAGCAGGAUGUAAUAUAAAGUCUACGCUUUUUGUGUAUAAGAAUUAAGUGACUUCAAUUGUAUAAAAUGAAAAUGAAAAAAAAAAACAUUGUUCUAAAGAAAUCUUAAUGUCGACAAAUGAUUAAGCGUCUGUUUUUUUUGUUUUUAAGCAUUUUUUUUACUAAAGAAACAUUUUUUUAUUCAAUUGUCGUCAUUAUGAGAGAAAGAGAUUUAUUUCUCUUUUUUGAAAAAUGAAAUUGUUUUUUCUCAUUUUUGGAAACUGAUUUUUGUUUCUUUGGAGAUUUUUUUUUGUUUGUUGAAGAGAUAUUUCAUUUUUGAUGGGUCUCAUUUUAUCAGGCAGCGUUUAGCGAAAAAAAAAUAAGGUUGUGUUAUUAGAAGUAGUAUAUAUUAUUCGAGAUUAAUUGAACAAUGCUGGUUAUGUUUACUCAAAUGAAAUUUUAAAAAACUGGAGAAAAAUAUAAUCUGCUGUUUGUAUAAUAGA